AUCGUUGUCUCAAACGGCUUUUUCGUUAUUAAUUUCAAUUUUCAACAGUAAGUUCGUCCGUACUCCGUUCCACUUUCACAACUCAACUCAAAAACAAAAAAUCGUUACUCGUUCGACUUAUAGUCGUUACUCAUUACUCAAUAAUAUAUUUUUUGCUCUAUGCACUAUAGUCAAAACUUCGGAGUUUGUCAGUACGGACUUCCACAAGGACAAGAGGUGACUGUCCGGCUGAUUGAGCACCGUCAAUAAUUUGUAAACACUGACUUCUUUUUGUUUAUGGUUCAACUUAAACGUCCGAAACUUCAGAGGCUGAGUGGAAAAAAAACACGGAGUAUUACACAAGGCCGCCCGCAGAAAUUUUUCUCUGCUAUUAUUUGAUUCAGGUACAGUUCCACUACUUUAAAUUAUGAAUAUUUAAUAAUGAAAACUGACUUGUUGACAUGGAGGACCUCAACUAGAGUCUAUCGAAGCAGGUUCUGUAACAACAACGAGACGAUUGAUAAAUUGUUUCGUAAUAGGCAUGGUCUGGCCUAGAGAGGCGAGAGCCUUGAUAUACUAAUCUCUGGUCCAAACGAUAAAUAUUGUUGUCUAUGUUAUCGUUUAGUGUAAAUUGUUACCGAUUAAAAAUCUGAAACACUGUAACAGUUGGUUCAAAGUUGACCUACAGCUGCCUACUCAAUUUUCAUAUUGUCCUUGGACAAUGUUUGUAUUUUUGUUAAUCUUCAAUUAUAUUCGUAUAAUGGCUGUGGUUGGAGAAAAACUUACAACUGAAUCUCAAAAUGAAGUUGUUCAUCACAUAGAAAAAAAAAUGAAGGAAAUUUAUUCUAAACGGCCUUCAAAUCAUCAAUGGAAAUUAAGUGAUUUUGAAAUUGGAACACCACUUGGUCGUGGGAAAUUUGGUCGUGUAUAUCUUGCUCGGGAAAAAAAUACGGAAUAUAUGGUUGCUUUAAAAAUGAUGUUUAAAUCAGAAUUGGUAAAAGAUCAUAUGGAACAUCAAGUACGACGAGAAAUUGAAAUUCAAACACAUCUUACUCACCCCAACAUUCUAAAAAUGCUGACUUAUUUUUGGGACGAAAAAAAAAUAUAUUUAAUUUUAGAAUUUGCCCAAGAAGGUGAAUUAUUUAAAGUUUUGAACGCGCAGCCGCAUAAACGUUUUGAUGAACCAACAGCUGCAUAUUAUUUACGACAAGUAGCUGAUGCUUUAAGAUAUUGUCAUUCACAAAGUGUUAUUCACAGAGAUAUAAAACCAGAAAAUCUCCUAUUGUUUAGUCAUCAUGUUAUAAAGUUGGCAGAUUUUGGAUGGUCUGUCCAUGCACCAUCCAAAUGUAGAAGCACCAUGUGUGGCACUAUUGACUAUUUACCACCAGAGAUGGUUGACUCUCAAACAUAUAACGAAUAUGUUGAUAAUUGGUGUUUAGGUGUGCUGUGUUAUGAAUUCUUAUGUGGAUCACCACCAUUUGAGAGCUCAGAACAGGCAGAGACUUUUAGAAAAAUCCGUGCUGUAAUGUAUAGUUUCAAACCUUAUAUGAGUGAGAGCUCUAGACUUUUGAUUUCAAAGCUUUUGGUUAAAGUUCCAAAGUCUAGAUUACCACUAACUGAUGUCAUUGAACAUCCCUGGAUUAAAAAAAAUAGUGAAAUAUUUACUAAAACUAAGCUAAAAUUAAAAUAGUUUUAUUUAUUAUCUACUACUGAAGAACAAUAUUUAAAUACUAUACUCUGUUUCAAAAGAGAAAAUACCGCUUUAUGUGAUAUUGUUUUCUAACUUGUUAAUAUCUGUACAUAAAAUACUAAUGUAUAAAUAACUAUAAUUUAAAUGUUAACAUCUAUUUCUAUUGUAAAAAUUUGACAUGCGUGUUAAUUAAUUUCUACAAUUUUUUAUAUGACUUGUGCUAUUUUGAAAGUUUAAUAUAUUGUAUUGUAGUUUAGGUUUAUGUAACAUUUAUAAUAGUUAAGUAUAAUAUGUAUUUACAAAAAUAGUUUAAUACAUAGGUAUUCUGUAAAUUAUAUUAAUUACAGCAAAAAUGUUGUUUUAAA